AUGACUCGCUGGUUCAACACAACUGCAAUUCAGUUCCACCGACCUUGGAAACAUCACGAACGACGCCUCCAUCGACGCUCCUUGUCAGAAGUCAUCAGCACGAACCGACGCUACGUCCAGAACUAUCGUUUACUUCACGAAAUCGGCAGUGGAUCCACGGGUGUUGUUCAUCUCGCUGUCGAUAAAAAGAACAAUGUCCAAUACGCGAUCAAGGAAUUAAGUAAAUCACGUUUGCAACGUCAGCAGCAAAAUGAUUUUCUGCGACUGGCAGGACCACGGCCCUGCUCUGGACUUGGUGUAACGUCAGGUCCACAACAAGAAUCUCUUGGCUCAUCGUCACCAUCGUCUCAACAACAACAACAACAACAACAGAACAAACGCCGACGCUUGGCACCGACUGUCAAUGAAGUGGAAGUGUUGAAACACCUCGACCACCCAAACAUCGUUCGACUCGUUCAAGUCAUUGAUGAUCCUGAAUCCGACUCAAUUCAUCUUGUCAUGGAAAUGGCGGAAAAGGGAGCGGUUAUAGACCUUGGCUCGAGUAAACCUGUCAAACCUUACUCCUCUGAACAAUGCCGUCAGUACUUUAGUCAGCUAGUGGAUGCUAUUGGCUACUUGCAUCAGCAAGGAUUCGUUCAUCGAGAUAUCAAACCAGACAAUUUGCUCUUGACGCGCGAUGAUACAAUCAAAGUCAUUGACUUUGGUAGUGCCAUCAGCAGCACUGAAACGUCGCCUAUGCCUCCCACGACAUCAGCGGGUACUCCUGCAUUUAUGGCCCCUGAGCUUCUGCGACGCCGUUGCCGCAAUAGUACUCAGCAACAACAACCACCCGCAGCUGCUGCAGAUGUCUGGUCCAUGGGUGUCACCUUGUACACUCUCUGUUACGGUCACUUGCCGUUUGAAAAACCCAGCUUGUUAGAGCUAUAUCAAGAGAUUCAAACCAAGAGCAUCGACUAUCCCAAGGAUACUGAUCCAAAGUUAUCGGAUCUUUUGGAUCGUAUGCUCACCAAAGAUCCCCACAAGCGUAUCACUAUGGAUGAAAUUAAGGCUCACCCAUGGAUGAUCGAUGACAAAAAGAAAACCUAG